AUGCUAGUAAUUCUUACACCAACUCUUAUACUUGUACCCACUAUUUGAAUAACCCCUCCUAAAUGACUCUGGCCUUCAACACUUCUCCACAGUUUGCUUAUUUCCCUAGCUAGCUUCACUUGAUUCAAAAACACUGCCGAAACCGGAUGAUCUUUUUUAACCCCCUAUAUGGCCACAGACCCCUUAUCCUCUCCCCUCUUGGUUUUAACUUGUUGACUUCUUCCCUUAAUGAUUCUUGCAAGUCAAAAUCACCUGUCCUCCGAACCAAUUAACCGCCAACGAAUGUAUAUCUCCCUCCUCACAGCCCUGCAAAUUUUCUUAAUUAUAGCCUUCAGCGCCACAGAAGUAAUUAUAUUUUACGUUAUAUUUGAAGCAACUCUUAUCCCAACACUAUUCCUUAUUACCCGUUGAGGAAACCAAGCAGAGCGACUGAACGCAGGCACAUACUUCCUCUUUUAUACCCUAGCAGGCUCCCUGCCACUUUUAGUCGCCCUCCUCAUUCUUCAAAAUAAUACAGGCACUCUCUCACUACUAACACUCCCCUUUUCCAACCCCCUGCUCCUUAUAACAUACGCCGAUAAAAUAUGAUGGGCCGGCUGCCUUCUGGCCUUCCUCGUAAAAAUGCCCUUAUACGGGGUUCACCUUUGACUUCCUAAAGCCCACGUUGAAGCCCCCAUCGCAGGAUCUAUAAUUCUUGCAGCAGUACUUCUAAAAUUAGGCGGCUACGGCAUGAUACGAAUACUAACUGUCUUAGAAUCUUUAACUAACGAACUAAGCUACCCCUUUAUUAUUUUUGCACUAUGAGGAGUCGUUAUAACCGGCUCUAUUUGUCUUCGCCAAACUGACCUAAAAUCCCUAAUUGCCUACUCGUCCGUAAGCCACAUAGGCCUGGUAGUAGGAGGCAUUCUCAUCCAAACACCUUGAGGGUUCACAGGCGCUCUUAUCUUAAUAAUCGCCCACGGCCUAACAUCUUCUGCACUAUUCUGCCUAGCAAACACAAACUAUGAACGAACUCACAGCCGAACAAUAGUUCUCGCCCGAGGACUACAAACAGCUCUCCCUCUAAUAACAGCUUGAUGGUUUAUUGCCAGCCUAGCCAACCUGGCCCUGCCCCCAUUACCUAACCUCAUGGGUGAACUAAUAAUCAUCUCCUCACUACUAAACUGAUCUUGAUGGACCCUGGCAUUGACCGGAGCAGGUACCUUAAUUACUGCCGGCUACUCACUCUACAUGUUUAUAAUAACACAACGAGGCCCACUACCCGCACAUAUAAUUGCCCUAGACCCAUCAUACUCUCGAGAACACCUUCUUAUCGCCCUCCACCUCCUCCCCUUGAUCCUCCUCAUUCUUAAACCAGAGCUAGUAUGAGGCUGGACCGCAU